AAUAUUUGAGAGGCGUACCGCGUACUGUCUGGGGGAGUAGGACUAACGAUUGUGUCUCGAUCUUAAAGUAGCGACCUUACAUAUUGCUAUGUAUAAUACGUGUUGCUGUUUUUAUGGACUCUAGAACCAUUAAUUGAAUUUUGUUAUAAUAACUUAUCCCUUAUUUUGCGAUUUCAAAAAGACUUAAUUGUCUAUAUCAUUAUUUACACUAACAGGCUUAUUAAAAAGCUUUGAAAGAAUAAAAAUGAGUUUACAUAAAGCCAGGAUUAAAUUAUUUGAGGGAAUUCUGGAAAAAGAUGUCAUUGACAUUGAACAGCUUCAAAAACUGGCUUUUAAUGGUGUGCCAGAGGAAAAGGGUCUACGUUCACUGGUUUGGAAAAUACUCCUUCAUUACAUUCCCACUGAAAAGAAUUCAUGGGACACAACACUCUGCAAGAAAAGACAACUGUAUCAACAGUUCAUUGAUGAAAUAAUAGUCUCUCCAGGUGGACCGACCGAUCAUCCACUGAACAUGAGUCCUGACAGCUCUUGGAGCACUUACUUCAAAGACAAUGAGGUCCUCUUGCAAAUUGACAAGGACGUGAGAAGACUGUGCCCAGACAUAUCUUUUUUCCAAUCGGCAACCGAAUUUCCUUGUUCGGAAAUAGUUAAUAGCAAUGGUGUCAAACGUCUCCACAAGAGAGUUGAGCAAUCUGUUCUUAAAUAUUCUACAUUGGAGAGAAGGGGCCUGGGUGUUGCUAAGCUAAGCAAUGAGAUCAGACGUACAGAUAUAUCAAGCGGUGACUAUACUCCUCUGAAUGAAGGAUGCGAGGCGCAUUGGGAGGUCGUCGAGCGGAUGUUGUUCCUCUACGCCAAGCUGAACCCCGGCCAGGGCUAUGUUCAGGGCAUGAACGAGAUCAUCGGACCAAUUUACCACACUUUCGCCUGUGAUGCCAACAUGGAAUUCAGGAAGUACGCUGAAUCCGACUGCUUUUUCUGUUUCACAAACCUGAUGUCAGAGAUACGGGAUUUCUUCAUACGGACCUUGGAUGAGACAGAGAGCGGUAUCAACUAUAUGAUGGGGAAGUUGAGUGAUUGCUUGAAGAAACAGGACAUUGCCGUGUGGGACAGGCUUAAGAAACAGGAACUGAGACCACAGUACUACAGCUUCAGAUGGCUGACGUUGCUGUUGUCACAGGAGUUUUCUUUACCAGACGUUGAGAGGAUCUGGGAUUCUUUGUUUGCGGAUGCGAGGAGAUUUGAUUUCCUUAUAUUUAUUUGCUGUGCCAUGAUUUUACUGGUCCGUGACAACAUUCUCAACGGCGACUUCGCGUCUAACGUAAAAUUGCUUCAAAACUUUCCACCCAUGGACGUAACAUUAAUACUUAAUAAGGCCCUCGAGAUAUCGUAUACGUAAUUGAUGCCAAUUGCCAACUACCCGAAGACUGUUAUGUUAUGUCUUGGUCUAUACAAUGCUAAAAGCACACUAUACAUUACUUAUACACUAGAAUUUUUAUUAUGAUUUAUGGCUUUUAUGACGUCACUUAAGAAUAUUAUGUAACCUAUACUAUGUUGUAAAAUAAAUCAUAUAUAUAUCAAGUAAUUUUGUCCCGUUGGUUACCAUUUCGUUGCCAAUAUUAUAAUAGAAUUGAUAGUAGUGAAAUAAAAAAAUUACUGAUUUUUUUUAUCUAUAAUUAUAUUUUUAAUUAUUUUUCUAAGCAUUAUAUUAUAAAUUUUAUUAACGAUUUUUAGGAUGUAUUUUCUAAUUUUUUUUUUUAUAUUUAGAAAUGAAUUUUCCAUAUUAAUAUGUUUUUUAUUAAGCGUGUGACGGUAUGUGUGUGUGUGUAUGUGUAAAAAUUACCGAUUUAUUUAAUAAGUAAUCUUCUAGGUAUUGUUAAGAUAAAUUUUGUACCGUUUCCAAAAAUCCCCGACUGAUUUUGACUUCGAAACGUUAGUGAUUUAUGUAGGACCUAAUUAAAAUAUGUAUAUUUUUUUUUUAUUAAAUUUUCGCAAAUGUACCGUUUAGGAUACAUUAUUAUAUAGUUGCUAAGCCCGUAUUAAAUAUAUAAUUUUUAUGUGGUCUACUGAAUAUAGAGAGAAAUAAGAAAGUAA